AUGCGCAGUGUGACCACAGCCGCCGCUUCAGGAAUGAUGGCGUCCACGGUUGCUCGCUCUUCCUCACGCUGGAUUACAGUCGUGGUGUCCUCUGGCUCUCGGAGGACAGGCGGUGCCAUUCCCUCGGCUGACCAUGGAUGGACCCGGCGGUUUUCUUCUCUCGGAGCGGAAAAACCCUGGUGCGGAGGGAGCCUGGGGUGCGGCGGAGCAGGGAAAGCGUUGACAUUGAGAGGGCUGUCAGGUCUCAAACCACCCCAAGCCGUCUACAGCCUGUCCUUUCACACAAGUGCUCCCUCCAGCAACAAGCAGGACUUCUACCAGAUUCUAGGGGUACCACGCUCAGCAACCCAGAAAGAGAUCAAGAAGGCCUACUACCAGAUGGCAAAAAAGUACCACCCUGAUACCAACAAAGACGACCCACAGGCUAAGGAAAAAUUUGCUCAGCUGGCUGAAGCUUAUGAGGUUCUUAGUGAUGAAGGGAAGAGGAAGCAGUAUGAUGCAUAUGGCACAGCAGGCUUUAAUGCUGGUCAGACUAAUCGAGGGCAGCAGUACUGGAGUGGACAGACCACCAAUGUGGACCCAGAGGAGCUUUUCCGCAAAAUCUUUGGAGAGUUUUCAGGAGGCCGUGGCUUUGGGGAUUUUAAUGCCAUAUAUGACCAGCCACAAGAGUACAUUAUGGAGCUGACUUUUACUCAAGCUGCAAAGGGUGUCAACAAAGAACUGUCUAUCAAUACGGACACAACCUGCCAGCGCUGUGAUGGUAAGGGCCACGAGCCAGGCACUAAGGUCCAGCACUGCCACCACUGCAACGGCUCCGGCAUGGAAACGAUAAAUACCGGCCCGUUUGUGAUGCGCUCUACAUGUCGUCGGUGCGGGGGCAAGGGCACAGUCAUUUCCACCCCCUGCCACUCCUGCCGGGGUACAGGGCAGACCAAGCAGAGGAAGACUGUGAUGGUUCCUGUCCCUGCAGGGGUGGAGGAUGGACAGACAGUCAGAAUGCCUGUUGGAAAGAAAGAGAUCUUCAUCACAUUUCGAGUCCAAAAAAGCCCUGUGUUCAGAAGGGAUGGUGCUGACAUCCAUUCAGAUGUUUUUGUCUCUGUGGCUCAAGCCAUCCUCGGUGGUACCGCUAAAUCACAAGGCCUUUACGAAACAUUAAAUUUGUCGAUCCCUGCUGGAGUCCAGGCAGACCAGAGAAUCCGCUUGGCAGGGAAAGGAAUCGCUCGCGUCAGUGGCUACGGCUUUGGAGAUCACUACGUCCAUGUCAAAGUAAAAAUACCCAAGACUCUGACUGACAGACAGAGGUCUCUGCUGCUGAGCUACGCUGAAGAUGAGGCUGAUGUGGAGGGCUCAGUGAACGGUGUCACUACCACCAGCACAGAUGUAGUGCUGAACUCUGUCCAGGUGGGGGCAGCUCAGGCAGGGAAAAGCAGGCAGACUAGAGGGAGGCAGAACUGUAACGGCGGGGGCAUCUUCUCCUGA